AUGGAUAAGAUCCUGCUGUGGAGUCUCCUAUUGACUUUUUCUGGAAGUCGAGCCUCAAGCCCCUUGGCUCAAAGAAAUACUGAAUUUGUAGUGGAUCUUUAUCAAGCUGUUGGUUUAUCUCAUAAAAACAACAUCAUAAUUUCACCUCUUGGAACAACUUUGGCCCUUGGAAUGAUACAACUGGGAGCAAGAGGAAAAGCACAACAGCAGAUAAGACAAACUUUAAAAAUUCAGGAAACCUCAACUGGAGAAGAAUUUUCUGAGCUGAAGUCAUUUUUCUCUGCCAUCUCAGAGAAAAAACAAGAAUUUACAUUUAAUCUUGCCAAUGCCCUCUACCUUCAAGAAGGAUUCACUGUGAAAGAACAGUAUCUCCAUGGCAACGAGGAAUUUUUUCAGAGUGCCAUAAAACUGGUGGAUUUUCAGAAUGCAAAGGCUUGUGCAGAGACAAUAAGUACCUGGAUAGAAAGCAAAACAGAUGGAAAAAUUAAAGGCAUGUUUUCAGGGGAAGAAUUUGGUCCUCUGACUCGGCUUGUUCUGGUGAAUGCUAUUUAUUUCAAAGGGGAUUGGAAACAGAAAUUCGACAAAGAAGACACACAACUGAUGAAUUUCACUCUGAAAGAUGGCACAGCAGUCAAAAUUCCAAUGAUGAAGGCUCUUCUGAGAACGAAAUACGGUUAUUUUUCUGAAUCCUCCAUAAACUACCAGGUUUUGGAAUUACCUUAUAAAGGUGAUGAGUUUAGUUUAAUUAUCAUACUUCCUGCAGAACACAUGAACAUAGAAGAAAUGGAAAAGCUAAUUACUGCUCAUCAAAUCCUGCAAUGGUUCUCUGAGAUGCAAGAACAGGAAGUGGAAAUAAGCCUUCCUAGAUUUAAAGUAGAACAAAAAUUAGACUUCAAAGAAGCUUUGUAUUCAUUGAAUAUAACUGAGAUAUUUAGUGGUGGCUGUGACCUUUCUGGAAUAACAGAUUCUUCUGAGGUGUAUGUUUCCCGAGUCAUGCAACAAGUUUUCUUUGAGAUAAAUGAAGAAGGCAGUGAAGUUGCAACAUCAACUGGCAUAAACACACCUGUGAUCAUGAAUCUGUCACGGAAUCAAUUUAUAGCAAAUCAUCCGUUUCUGUUUAUUAUGAAGAAUAACCCAACAGAUUCAAUUUUGCUUAUGGGAAGGGUGACAAAUCCUGACACCCAUGGGAUGAAGGGAAGAGAUUUAGAUUCACUGUGAAUGGAAAGUGCAGCCUCG